GACGGGCCGGAGGAGUAGGCGCUGGAGGGUGGGAGCCAUCUGGUACCUUGGUCGCCUUCGCAACAGCAUCCUCUCUAGUGGCAAAAAUGGCCAGUCAGUCCCAGGGUAUCCAGCAGCUCCUGCAAGCAGAGAAGAGGGCAGCGGAGAAGGUGGCCGAUGCCAGGAAGAGGAAGGCCCGGCGACUGAAGCAGGCGAAGGAGGAGGCUCAGAUGGAGGUGGAGCAAUACCGCAGGGAGCGUGAGCAGGAGUUCCAGAGCAAGCAGCAGGCGGCCAUGGGCUCUCAGGGGAACCUGUCUGCUGAAGUGGAACAGGCCACCAGACGCCAGGUCCAGGGCAUGCAGAGCUCCCAGCAGAGAAAUCGGGAGCGUGUCCUGGCUCAGCUUCUUGGCAUGGUCUGUGACGUCAGGCCCCAGGUCCACCCCAACUAUCGGAUCACUGUCUAGAACAUCAUAGGGACAAUGUCCCUAGAGGCUGACUCCUGCCAGCUCCUUCCACAGAGAAAUAUCCCAACUGGAAUCGCUUGCUUGUGUAGCAUGCACAGAGUCCUGGCUUUGAUCCCUAGUACCCCCGCCCCGUCACUUCACAUCAUAACCUGUUCCUAGGAGAGAUUAUCCUAGGGGACAGGAGCCAACAUUCUCCCACAAGGCUUACAGCCUACUCAAACCCGAACCUCUGUCCACUGGAACUAUACUAAGGAAUGCCCAGCUCGUCCUCGCCCGAGCCUUCUGUGAGACAUGUGUGACAUGGUGACAGGGGUGUGGAUCGCACCCUGACUUCAGAGCUGGCGGGUUUGGGCUCCUCUCCCUCCUCUGUUCCUUGCUGGCUGCUAGACUGGGACAAGCUAUUUAACCUGGAAGCCCCAGUGCCCUCCUGUUUGUAACUGGAAUGAUAACAGUGUUCGCCUUGUAAGGUGGUGCUGUGACCCGUGCUGUAAGAAGUCAGCACAGCUCCAGAUGGGCACUAGUUGUGAUUCAAUGAAUGGCAAGCCCAUGCUAUGACUACUGCCCCGACCCCUGCUUGCCUGGCCGAGUCCUAAUACUCUGUUCUCGGCACUCCGUGAUGCUCGGUCAUUGUGACUCCAGCAAUCUCUAAAGAAUGUCUGUGCUGCUCUUCCCAGGCACCUCAUGGCCCCUGAAAAGUCAGUAUGAUAAUGCCAUUUAGCCCCUCGCGGAGUCCCAAGUGUAUGUUGAACCCCUUAGUGCCUCUCUCUGUUUCUCGUGAGUGGGUCUCUCCCUUUGGCUCUCCUUCCCUGUUUGCCCGAAGCCUACUGCACCUCAGAGCUGAAGGAUGCAGUGACACCCACAUUCACGGGUUCCUUUCUGUGCCCUCAACACCUCGCUUCCCCGUGCAACAGCAAUGUCAAUAAAGUAUCCACGGCGCGUCA